AUGGGGGGCCUGACGGGCAAACACCUGGAGGCUGGACCGUCUGGGCCGUUUGUGGCCUCUGCUCCUGGCCUGCUCCGGGGGAUCCUUGCUCUUCGCUCCGGCGUGGGCGCAGCUCUGCAGGUGCGCGGGGUCCAUCCGAGCUCGGCUGCUGACAGCCCGAGCAGCACCCACCCCGCCGUGUCCCAGGCCGGAGCCGUGGCCCCCAAACCCGCCGCCUUUCCCAGCAGCCGGGGCGAGUAUGUGGUGGCCAAGCUGGAUGACCUCAUCAACUGGGCCCGCCGGAGCUCCCUGUGGCCCAUGACCUUUGGCCUGGCCUGCUGUGCCGUGGAGAUGAUGCAUAUGGCAGCGCCCCGCUACGACAUGGACCGCUUCGGCGUGGUCUUCCGCGCCAGCCCCCGCCAGUCCGACGUGAUGAUUGUGGCUGGGACGCUCACCAACAAGAUGGCCCCCGCGCUCCGCAAGGUCUAUGACCAGAUGCCAGAGCCUCGCUACGUCGUGUCUAUGGGGAGCUGCGCCAACGGAGGUGGCUACUACCACUACUCCUACUCUGUGGUGCGGGGCUGUGACCGUAUUGUGCCCGUGGACAUCUACGUCCCAGGCUGCCCGCCCACAGCCGAGGCCCUGCUCUACGGCGUCCUGCAGCUGCAGAAGAAGAUCAAGCGCGAGAAGAGGCUCCAGAUCUGGUACCGCAGGUAG